AUGGACAAAGAAAAUACAAGUUCAAUAGUUUGUGUACCAUUAAAUCUUAGUGCUAAUGAAGCAGUAAAUCUUGGUGCUAAUGAACCAGUAAUUCUUGAUGAUUAUAAAUCAUUAAUUGAUAAUAUUGAACCACUUGUUCUUGCUAAAAACAAACCUGUUAUUCGUGUUCAUAAUAGAACAUUUGUUCGUAGUAAUAAUAAAUCAUUUACUCGUGAUCAUAGUAAAGGACUUGUUUCUGGUAAUAAUGAACCAGUUCUUUUUGAAAAAGGUAUUCGAGGUACAAUCGUUACGGUCAAUCGUCUUAAACACUAUGCGUUCAUAAAAAGGUUUGUAAUAGCUAGUUUGUUUUUAAACUUAAUUCUAU